AUGGCUCUUCAGGGCAAGGUCUUUGCUGUCACUGGUGGCGCAAGCGGCAUCGGCCUAGCAACCUCUAAGCUCCUCCUCGAGCGCGGCGCAACCGUCUGCGUCGCCGACGUGGACGACUCAGCCCUCGGCGCCGCAGAGGCAAUCUUCACGGCGCAAAUCUCUCAGCCAAGCCAACCUCCUCCUUCCAAGGAGCAGCAGCAGCGGCAGCCGACCUCGACACCCUCUGAGCCAUCCGCAGCCCCGCCCGCGCCCACCAAGACCGGGGAGACCAGUCAUGAUGGUGAGGCAAAACCCAGGUUCGAGAUCACGCGCGUCGACGUCACGCAGCGCGCGCAAGUCGAUGCCUGGGUCGCCGGAAUCGUGGAGCGCUUCGGGCGGCUCGACGGCGCGGCCAACAUCGCGGGCGUCAUCGGGCGGUAUCACUCCGUAGGCUCCGUCGCGGACACGGACGACGACGAGGAGUGGCACCGCCUCAUCGCGGUGAACCUCACAGGGUGCAUGUACUGUCUGCGCGCGGAGCUCAAGUGCGUCGUGGACGGCGGCUCCAUUGUCAAUAUGGCGAGCAUACACGGAACAAACGCAAUGGCCCUCCACGGCGCAUAUGGAGCUAGCAAGCACGGCGUCGUUGGCCUCACCCGCGCGGCGGCCAAGGAAGUUGGCGAUCGUGAGAUCCGGGUCAAUGCCGUCGCUCCAGGAGCUAUCUACACGCCCAUGAUGGAGCGAGCCUGGGCUCAGACUGGGCGGCCUACCAACGCGCCGUUUGACGAAUCCUCAGCAUUUCGACGAUACGGAAAGCCCGAGGAGGUUGCUGCUGUCGUCGCCUUUCUUCUCGGGCCCGAGAGCACCUUUGUGAGUGGCAGUGUCUAUGCUGUAGAUGGUGCGUGGAUGUGA